GGUGUAGAUCAGUGUAGAUAACACAUUUGAAACAAACAUGUUCAACUAACUUCAUGCGUCCUAUCGCGAGACGUGCGAGACUACACUCUAAUUAUAAUUGCAAUAUGAACAGGAGCUAUAUUCGCAUCAGUGUAUUUUAGAAAAGUAGCAAAAGUAGUUGGAAGCGUUGGAAGUUGGAACUGUUGGAGGUAAACUUCACUGUCCGUUAGCGAAAUAUAUUAAUAAUUAGAAAACAUGUCAGAUCCGGAGCUUGAAGCAAUACGCAAGCAACGAUUAGCUCAACUGCAGUCACAGUACAAGCCUAACAAUGCAGAGGACAAACAGGCAAUGGAAGAAAAGAUGCAACAAAUGCAGGAAAUGCGCAACUCUGUGCUUAGUCAAGUGUUGGAUCAGUCGGCCAGAGCCAGAUUAAAUACAUUAUCCCUUGGAAAGCCUGAAAAAGGAAAGAUGGUAGAAAAUAUGAUAUUAAGUAUGGCCCAACGAGGUCAGCUACCUGGUAAACUAGGAGAAAAAGAACUCAUCAGUUUAUUGGAGAGUAUAAAUCAACAAACUCAGAAAGAAACUGUCGUUAAGUUUGACAGACGAAGAGCAGCACUUGAUUCCGAUAAUGACGAUGAUUUAUAGCAUAUUUGUACAUGGUUUGCCAGAAGAACAGCAUUACAUCUUCUGUUUCUUAAGAUUACACUGACGUACGCUUAAUUAAUUAUACACGUUUAUUUUCUAUGAUAUAUUGAAAUAAAAAAUAAAAUAUAAAUUAUUCAAGA